CCCCCUCGCGGGCGGCCGAGCCUCCGCUCUGCGCCUGCGCGCCACCGCCUCCCUCUGCCUCAUGGGCUCGCGCAGCGGCACGGUCCCGCCCCAAGCCUGACAGCCGGCGAGGCGCAGACAGGAAGCCGGUCUUGUGCGCCACGCCUCUCGAGAGCCAGCGUCCAAUCAGCGCCUGCCUUCACCUGUUCGUGGUCCUUCAUUGGCUUAAUAUUGCUGGGAGGCGGCGAGAAAGGGAAGGCAGGCGACCAAUCGCGGGGCCCACCGCGCGCGCCCUGGUUGCCCCGGGAAACCUAACAGCAAGCUGCAGCGGUCCUCAGACCCGAGACAGCAGGUCGAGCAUGGACAGCCACGACGGGGACACCGAAGGCGAAGGAAAAGCCGAGGAAGGCCUGACCAAGAAGCCUUCCGAGACCAGGGUCACCUUCGAUCCUCAGAUCCCGGCCGACCCUGCGGAGCCAGAGUUGGAGCCGGAGUCGGCGUCGGAAACGGAGUCAGAGCCUGGACCAGAGACCCAGCCGGUUGCGGACGAACCCAAAGCAGAGGUUUCAGAGGAGAGCGAUUACGCGCAUGCCGAGGUCCCGGAAAGUCUGGAGGCCGCCGAGGCUGCGGGCGAGGCAGUAGAGGCCGCGAGUGAGGCCGUGUCCCGAGAGCCAGAGAGUCUGCCAGAGUCUGGGACCAAGCGGGAGUCCAAGGAGAGGGGCGAGGACGAGGACGAAGACGACGAUGAAGACGAGGACGAGGACGAGGACGAGGACGAGGAUGAGGACGAGGAACCCGACCAGCCGGAGAAGCAGGAUAAGGUGAAGAGGGUGAAGAGCAAGGAGUCACGGUUCCGCCCCCAGCUGCCACUGACCACGAUCGUCGAGGAGGCGGCUGCUCCAGCCCCACGGGCUGAGAGAGAGAAAGCAAAGGAGUCAGAGCAGAAGCGAGGUAGCGAGGAGAUCGAGGGGACAGGUCGAGAACGACACAAGAAAGGCAAAGACCGGCAUCUUCAACCUGGAGAUGAGGAGGAAGAGGAGGAGGAGGAGGACUACGAAGACUUUGAGUGGUCUGCGGAUUUUCGGAAGCUGCAAGAGCAGCAGCUGCGCGGUGAGCUAGUGGACCAGUACCACGCCUUGCUGGUGGAGCGGAGCCGGUACCAGCGCUACAAUGUGUACCUACAGCAGAAGAUCUCAGAGGCGCUACGCAAGAAGGGCCUGGAACCAGCUGAACCCGCGGACAAGGGCGCGGGACCAGACUCUCCCGAGAAAGAGCAAGCAUACUUGCGCUAUCUGGCCAUGCUGGAGGAACUGAAGAAACAAGAAGCGGACGACCUAGAGUGGUACCGCGAGGAAGUGCGUGAGAUGAAGCAGCAGUGCCAAGAGAAGCAGGCCAGGGUGGAGAAAGAGUGGCGGCGCUUCCAGGCCCUCAAGAAGCAGGUAGUGAUGCAGGUCAUGGGCAGCUGCCGCAUGCGCGGUGGGCGCCAGGCGGCUCUGAGAGAGGUCGAACAGAUCCAGGCGCUGGAGGAUAAAAAGGAGAAGGAGAUGAGCGCAGUGCGUCUCGAGAACGUGCAGCUGAAGCAGAGCCUGGUACACUUUGAAACCAGGAUGAAGGCCCAGGAGGACUUGGCUGAGGGGCUGCUCCUCAUCGACUUUGAACAGCUCAAAAUUGAGAACCAGACCUUCAACGAGAAAGUCGAGGAACGAAACGAGGAACUUUUAAAACUGCGCACUAAGGUGACCAGCAACGUGCAGAUUAUAACCCAUGUGAAAGAAAAGCUGUCUUUCAUCGACAUGGAGAACGCAUGCAAAAAGGCACAACUUUUGGAAAUCGAGGCCCAGGUGGCCCUAGGAAGAGACCUAUUGACAAAGACGAAGCAAGCCCGAGACAGUCUGCGGACUGACAACAUCAGGCUGAAUCAGAAAUCUGGGCUUCUGGGUAAGGAAUCACUGCUCCGAGACUUUGAGGAAAAGGUGGAGAGGACAGAGUAUCUCAACAAGCGGCUGGAAUCCCUGAAGCGCAUUCACGCGGGGCUCACCUUGUCCUGCAAGGGGGUGAAGCAAAAGAUCAGAGAAGCCAAAACCUUCCUCCCCUUUUGACAGUCCUUGACAGGACAGUUGGCAAAACCUCCAAAACUCUCGUCUGCCCUCCCAUUGUCAUUCUAUGUGACUUGGGAUGCAACUUUAUUUUUGUCAUUCCAGCUUCCAAAUUCCUGCUGAACACAUCUGGUUAGCAGUAGUUCUACAUAAGGUUAAGUAAAAUAUAUCUAGAGAGAGAGAGUGGGGUGAUUAAACCGACUAAUGAUGAAAAGCCUUUCUAGCCAAGCAGUCUCAUAGUCUAGAGGACUGUUAAAUCCUUGUCUAUAUGUAAGGAUGGUUUAAAGGUUCAACCAGUGGCCAAGGUACAGAAAAUCCCUGUGCAUUGUUCUGAUCACUCAGUCAUCUUUGUGCUAGUUAAACUGUAUAGUCUUGAGUCACUGUCUCAAUUAGCUCACAAAUUCCCUCCAUCUCUGUUUGUGGGUGUGUGUUGACAUGUAGAGGCCAGAGGAACCAGCAUCUCUUGGUCUUCACCUUGAUUUUUUGAGACAGGGUCUCUUCCUCAACCAGGAGCUUGCAGUUUCGGUUAGACUGCCCAGCUAGCAUGAUGAUCCUGGGAUCUGCUUGUCUCUGUGCCCCAACACUGGGGUUACAGGUAUGCAACACCAAGUCUGGCUUUUUUAUGUAGGUACUGGGGAUCUGAAUUCAGAUCCUCAUGCUUUCAAACAAGCACUCUUACCUCCUGAGCCAUAACCUGCGUCAGCAAUCUGGCUGUUGGCACUACAUAACCCUGCUUCCAUUACAUGACGCAAUUUUGUUUGCUAAAGUAUAUUGGCUUUGAAAUCAAAGUUAAAAUCCCUUUUCUGACUUCCAUGGCUUGAACAUACUUUGCAUGAGACCAUCCAAAUGCAUUGCUGAGACAGUUCAAAAACUGAUUCCUUCCUUUCCCCCUUGGUUGCUACAGUUUUGGUUUUCCCUCUACUCUGUCCAUCAAGGCUACAGAGAAGUAGUAACUUACUGAAACUGGAAAUGUCGGCUUUGUGGCUCCAAUAGCAGAGGGACCCAGGGUCCUGCAGCUGGGGAGGCUCCCAAGUGAAACUGGCAGUAGCACUAGAAGUGACAAGACGGUUCUUCAUUGUAAUGGUGUCCUUCUGUGUUUUGAUUCGGUCAGCAGAUUUCUACCUAACAGCUAACCAUCUGAAUGCUCCCUCCUGAACUUUGAACAAGGUGAGCAGUGGUCAUGCAGGGCACUAAGGUCAGCAUGCCGAGUUGCUAAGGUGUCCUAACUAACAAUUAUGUAGGAAGUCACCAGUGGGCUCUCAAUCACAACACCUCAUGCUGGAGGGAUUACAACUAAUUACAAGACACCCUUCAUUUUUGAUUACCUCCCUGCGUGGUUCUAAUUAAAUUCAGGAUGAGUGCUUGAUCAUGAAAUUUCAUCAAAGUAGUUCAGGGCCUGUAAAAAAAUGUAGGCAUUGAACAAAUUCUGCCUGAUAUUUUAAGUCGAUAUGCAUGAGAAGCGCCCCCUUCAAUAGCCAAGGAGGGUCUGUAAUUCAGCCACCUACUCAGAGACAGCCUAAGGUAUUGGAAAAGGAAACCUCAUUUUGGUGACUUGCUACAGUUAAGAGUCUUAAAUUAUAUAAGUAGAAAUAGGUUUGUGCAAGUUCAUCCACAGACGAUAAUUCAGGGCUUUGACACUCGUAUGAGCCACCUGUCCAUAAAGUAUCACAGUCCAUGCCUUCCAGCUAUUCACUGCUCAUGUAUUGAACCUCAGAGGGUUCCAGAGUGCAAGUGACACAGAUGCCAUGAAAGGAACGCAGCUUGGAGCACAUGUGCAGUGACUAAUCCAUCUCUCUUUGAAAAUAUCCUUAUUUUUACUUAAAUAAUCAAUGACAAAAUAUGUGCAUAUUUUAAUAAAAUUGCACUAAUUAUUUUUGGUUUGGUUUGGUUUUUCAAGACAGGGUUUCCCUGUGUAGCCCCGGCUGUUUUAAAACUAGCUCUGUAGACCAGGCUUACCUAAUACUCAGAGAUCUGUCUGCCUCUGCCUCUGCCUCCUAAGUGCUGGAAUUAAAGGCAUGCACUACUACCGCCUCAGCUCACUCCCUAAUUUUUUUUUUUUUUUUAAAUUCAGAUAGGGUCUCACUGUAUAUGCCAACUGGCCUCAUUUGUGAUCCUCCCAAAUACUAGUAUUACAGGUGUGUGCUGCCACAUCCAGUUUCAACUCUAACGUUUCAUCCAAAUACUGUCAAAGAGGAACACAAGUAUACCAAAAAGAUAUGGGAAGGCCCAAACUGUGAUCCUGCUGACCUGAAUGGAACCUAACCCUCAUUGUACUGAUUCAGGAAAUGGAGAAGCAUUUGAAAAAAAGAAAGAGUGCCUUCCUUUGGGUGAUAAAAUUAGGAGGAAUUUUCUCUUUGUGCUUUUCCAUAUCCUCAUCUUACAUGUGUAUUUAUAGCUAUAUAUUAAUAUAAUAUUUAUAAUAUAUAAAUAAUAUACAAAUAUUCAAGCAGAAGCUAAUAAACGUUGUGGAGAUGUAGUUCAGGGAUAGAGUGUUAGUCUAGCAUGAGCAAGGCCUUAGUUGGUUCCCCAGUACUGAACUGGAAAAUGUACAGCCACAUGCCAGUUUAAGCAAGGCUUGGUACACGCCUGUAAUACCAGCAUCAUGAGCUACAAAGUGAGACCAUGUCUUUCUCUCCCUCUUUCUCCUCCCCACCCUCUCUCACACACAAGAUACUAAAAGUUUAUAGGCUAAAGGUACAAAUCUAGAUGCCUGGAGAAUGUUCACGGGUUAAGGGGAAGUUCAGUCUCUUAUUUAUUAAUACUUCAUAAGCCUGGAAAGGAGCUAGGUCUCUCACCCUUUAGUUACAAGGGGAGAAAAAAGGUUGAGAGAAUUUCAGUGAAUUCUCCAAGAUCACGAAGCUUCUAAAUGGCAAUGGCUGGUCAGUGACUGUGAGAUUCAACUCUAGGGUCCUGCUCUUGCCAUCUAGCCAAACUAUCUGCAACCUGGGCUUAUUUCUGGUUAGGAGUAGUAUCUACUGGAACUCUAGAACAGGGACAAGAAGCUCUUUGGAGAGAAGGUGGCUCCCUCACUCCACACAAAACUCCCUGCAAGGCAUAGGAAUCCUGGGGGAAGGAGGAAAGGGAGCUUUGUUGGCUGAUUGAAGACCAGAGAGUAGCACAUCAUUCCAGAAUGAGCUGGCAAUGGGGGGUUGCUGGCAGUACUGACAGAAGAGAUGCAUAGACACUAUGUCAUGGCCAUGUCCCAUGUACUCAGCAGGCCUGAAUCACAUCAAAUAUUUCAUAGCAUAUUUAGUCCCACACAAAGCAUAUCCAUUCAUUUCCAUUCCAGUUCAAGCACUUCCGGGUCUGGAUGAGGUCCCACCUAAGAACUGGUCUUAAGCCGGGCGGUGGUAGUGCACGCCUUUAAUCCCAGCACUCGGGAGGCAGAGGCAGGCGGAUCUCUGUGAGUUUGAGGCCAGCCUGGGCUACAGAGCGAGUUCCAGGACAGGCCCCAAAGCUACACAGAAACCCUGUUUCGAAAAACCAAAAAAAACCAAAAAACAAAAAAAAACAAACUGGUCUUAGGAUCUAAGGCUGCCCUCUGCUGGCCAGAACCUUGCCCUUGUCCACCUGAAAGCUCUGCUCAGGUUCAGUAAUGUCGCUUCCUCCUGCUGCUGGAUACUAGUGUAGCGGUUCCUCCCCUCUUCAGACAUGUUCAUGACAGGCAGGGUUUCUGAACUGCUGGCCCCAACCUGAAGGCAUCCAGCAAUGCACACUGGAAGUAUUGGAAGGAAUGAGAAAUCUAGGCCACAACCAGCCCUGUGUUUGGGCUCCAAAGGUCCAAAGCAAGCGUGAUCUCUCCAGAAGGCAUUCAGGAGCCAGCACUUUUCUUAGGGGUGGUAUAGAUGCCAGCUCUGCUACCAGUCUGCUGAAGGAGCCUGAGCAAGCAUUUUGUAUCACGUUCUUGGAAUGGGGACAACGAGUCUCUUACAUGGGGCUGCUGCGGAGGUUAAUAAUCCAUGUAGAACACUUGGUCCAGAGCCUGGUAUGGCUGGAGCAGUCAGCCAGCCCUCAGCAACUCUAGAGUUUAUCACCUCACUGCCUGCAAAGAACACGAGCUCAGAGAAUGAAGCCACUGGUUUAGAGGUGAAGGCAGGCCCUGUGUCUGUCCCUGCUGGAGGCUGUAGCACAUUGGGCCAUCUCCCAACAGUCGUGGGAGACUUGGAGGUGACAGCAGUGGGGGACUGAAAGGAGAGUGGCAUACACAAGCAUUUGCCCUGUCUGGUUCCAAGUAGCUUGUGGACCCUACCACAUAGUGUUGUGCGAUAUUUUGUUUGUGUUCUGACAAAUAAAGCUUGCCUGGAGAUCAGAGGGUGGAGCUAGCCACUAGUUAAUCAUAGAAGCUGGGCAGUGGUGGCACACACCUUUAAUCCCAGCACUCAGGAGGCAGAGACAGGAAGUGAUAAGGCAGGUGGGACAGAAACAGGAUCAUGGCUCCUUUAGGUCUGAGGAUCCAGAGAGGUAAGAAGUCACUGGUGGCUGCUCCUCUGCUUCUCUGAUCUCUGAUCUGGUUAUUACCCAGAUAUCUGAUUCCUGGUUUUUAUCCAUAAGACUAAUUAGGUUCAUGCUUCAACAUAACCACUUUCCUAAGUGGCUCAUAGGAAGGAGCUCAUCCCCUGUGCCCCCAGGUUUACAGGCUCUGGGAAAGCUCCAGAGUGCAAAGAGCUUUGGCUCAGCAGCCAGCACAGAGUAAAUAAAUAUGGUUGUCUGCUCUCAUGGGAAUGCAGACUUACGGUGGGGAGGUCAAGGCAGCGGAAUUCAGGGAGUGCAGCAUGGCUGGGAUCCCCAACAACUUGGAGAGAGCAUGCUGAACUCCGGAAUCCCCUGAGGAGAGUAACUGCCCUGCUUUGUGCCUCACAAGCCCUGAAUUAAAAUACUUUCUGCUACACUUCAAAGCAAGAAUGUCAGCUUUAAACCAAAGUACACAGUGAACAUAAGUAACAAUUUUACAUGACUUUAUUUUAAUAAAACCACGUAUUUACAAUUCAAAAAGUCCUAGUUUGAUACAUUUUACUAAAUAAAAUUAAAGGUUAACUGUACAAGCAAUUAAAACAUGAUAUGUAGCAAGUGUUAUCAGGAGUUUCCUACUGGCAAACUGUUUAAAAAUAGUCACAAACUGAGCAGUUAGAAGUACCUUUGAAGUGAGCACUGCUCCCAAGGUGACAGGAAGCCUCUCCUGCAAGCUCCCUCUAGAGUGAGAGCUGCCCAGCACCCUCAAGUUUGGGGACUGAAAGUGAGGUGGGAGGUGCAGACUUCUGUAGGGUCUGUUUCCAGUUUGCCAAAACAGAAGGAGUAUGAGAGAUGCCCUCAGAGUAGAGGAACUUGGAACUGUAGAGCCUCUAAGGAGGGCACACCAGGCUCACACAAACAGGCUCUAAAAACCCUGUUUGGACUAGAGAUGCAGUCAGUGCAUGGCUGGCAUGGAGUCUUGUUUGAGACUUCAUGCAUGCCCACAGAUUAUGUCAAACAAGAAAAGUUAAGAGCUGGGUUGUGAACACACAGAGAAUUCCACAAUGGCAUUCACAACAAGGUGCCCAGUCCCCUUGUCACAACACUUUCUGUAUGACUUAAGGAAUGUCUUUAUGUACAGUAAGAAAAUAUAUACAUCUUGAGAGAACAGAUGCCCAUGCCAUGGAAUAAAACUAGGUACAUCUGCAAUGAACAACAGCAGACAGGGCUGGGUAGUCUACUUCUUACAGGCCAGCUGGGCCUGGGCUACAUUCAGAUCUGAUGUCAAGAAUGGCUGGAUCUGGAGGCCACUGGAUGGCUGGUGAAGACAUCCUCCUCCAAGAGGUCAGACAUCAGCCUUUCACACUAAGGCAGAGAGCUAUAUGGAGGGUGCUCCGUAGCCUCCCUGGAGAAGCCAUGAGACUACAGAUGAGACUCCAGAAAAAAAGAAAAGUGGUGGCAUGGAUGAAUGGCAUGAUAGCCUGCUGAUGCAUUGGACGAUCACAAACAGAGCAGAUGAAGGGAACCCAUGCAAACACACUGUCCUAAGGCUGACCCAAGUCUCCCUGCCACAUGCUGUAGUCAGUCAAGGGCUCCCCAA